AUGUUCAACCAAGGGCACAAGGCUGACUUGGAGCAGCUCAAGAAAUUGGUCAGCGCGCAAAAUAAAUUGAUUACCGAAAUUAUAGAGAAAAGAAAAGGUCUCAAAGGCCUGCUGAAGGAGAUGUAUAAGGACAGUGGAAGCAAAAUAAUGGCAUUAAAACUGGAAAGAGUCGAAGAGAAAGAACAGUUUAAAACGCUUUCAGAGAGAUUUAAAGACUAUUUAGAACUCAUUUUCACAUACAUCAAGGGACAACUCAACACUCCAAGUUCGUCGCCACCCAACUCCACAACCAAGGAGCCAACCAAAAUGCUGGGUGAAGUGCAAAGUAAACUCGGCAAUUUGCUUACUCAUCUUGGCACAGCGAAACAUUUUGAUAGUCUAUUCGUAUUGCGCUUAGAAUCGUUUUCCACUGAACUUGGCAAAUUCACGCCGUCUCAAUUCGCCGGCCCAAAUAACUCUAAGCUGCUCGACUCACUUAGAGAUGGGCUGCAGAAAUUGUGUGAUCAGCUGGACAAGGCGUACGUGUCGGCGUACUCGGGAGACUACUGGAAUGGCAAUAACAAAAACAAGUAUGCUAAUGUUUUCUGUACUAUAAUGCAUACGUUCCGUAGAGAUUUUGAUGAGUUGCGUGAUGGGUUGUCAGGUGCCAUGUAUGACAAGUCGAUUCAUCUAGCCAACAGUAACUCGGCAGCUUUUUUCAAGGGCUGCAAUUACAACGUGUCGAAAACCACUGGCAAACAAGGUGGCGAAUUGAAAAAUGACGUGGAUGGUAAAACGAUAUAUGGGCUUCUUGUCUCAGAUGAUGAAAAGCAUGUUUACAAAAAAACCUUACAAGGGCCCUGUUAUAGAUUUGCACCGUCACAUAAGAACAUACUACACCGCCUGCCAUCUUACAUUACACGACUCACCUAA